AUGAGGUUGCUCUUACCUGUUGCUGCGGCAAUCUUGACGUUGAUUGCGGCUGCACCUGCAGGUACUUCAGGUGACUCGCUUGGUCUCACUACCAUUGGUAGUGAUGUGAAGGUGUCCGAUGUUUUGGAUUCAGCUGGAGAGGCGGUCGUCGAUCUUGUCCAUGAGCUCCAUAGCUUCACAGCUGCACACAGCUAUACCCCCAAGCGUGGCAACGAUCCCCCACCAGAAGCUAUUCAAAUGAAUGUCACCCUAGGCCAACAACGCUCCAACGUUGGCAAUCUUUCCCCCAAACAAGUAGGCGAUGCCAUCACCACUGCGUUGAAGUAUCUCUGCGUUAAGAAGCCUUGCCGUAACAAUGAGCGGUACAGGGUCAAUGUUCCAUGGAUGAAUUCAAAGAACAUCAUCGAGCUAGGUUAUCUUGAUAUCUGGUUGGAGCGGAGCCGCUACAGCAGCGAACGCGAACUUAAUCCCAUGAUUGAGAUCGCAGCGACAUACGGUUCCACAGCUGUCGGGGUCGACUUGAAUUGCUACAUGCUUUUCUUUGCCCCCCCGUAUUUACCUGCUCGCUUCUGUAACAUGGGCAACUUCAUUGAAAUCAACAUCAACGAUGGGUUCGCCUCCUUAGCAAUCCGCUUCGAAGCAAACAAGCCUACUUUCGGCUGGUUUGUUUGUCCUUUGGUGAUGCCCAAGGUCGCACAAGUUGCAGGCGAUCCCGACCGACUCCUAAGUCUCGGCAGAUAUUAUGGCUGGCCUGUGGCGUCGAACACGGUUUGUACAGGACCGCCCACUGACUCCGCUCAUGACGAGACAGCAGCUUCUCUGAUCGAUGUCAAUUCCAACAGACCCAUUGUGUACACAUCCACGGACUAUGAGCAAUCCGAGAUCAUCAACGCCACAGUCUCACUUGGAUGAGCAGCUCAAAUCACGAUACCGGAUAUACGCAUGCGAUAUAUUUCCAGGAAUCAGGUCCAAGCAAUCUCUACGGAUGAAUCUUUGCUCG